CACUGACGUGUGGUAAAGCCGUUGUUUCAGUAAGGGAUUAACGUUUUUUUUUUGUUAUUUAUUUCAGUGUCAGUUUAGUUUAAUAUAUGUUUAUACAUAUUAUAUGUCUUGGGAGAGGGUAUUGGAUAAUGUAGGAGAAACAGAAUGUUUUUUCCCCCGAGGAUGAAUAAAACUUUGUUGUAGCUACACUAUAGAAAAUCCAACGUACCGGCUAUUUUACGUUAAUUUCGUUAAAUCAUCAUGCGAGUGUAAAUGUAACAUUACCUGUUUUUAGCACAAGCUGCAACCUGAAUGAGCCAGUUUUAUAUAUAUAAUUUAAGAAAAAAGGGUCGGGAUGUACAAACAGUUGUCUGCAGAUUUAAAUGCAGAUCCUAAACUGAUGUGGAAACAGUCAGAAUCUAGCUUGCAACAAAAUGGAGAAAAGACAAGUCCCAUAAGCGUUAUACUAGUUAGUUCUGGCAGCAGAGGAAAUAAAUUGCUUUUCAGAUACCCAUUCCAAAGGGUUACUGAAAAUACUUCAUCAGCAACGUCCAAGCAGCGGAGCCCAUAUGUGCUGAAUGCCUCAGGUGAUUCUACAGAGGACCAGGAUGGAGAUUCAAGAGAACAAACUCCACUUACUGAUGAACAGUUGGUAGCAGGGUUUUCUGAUAUUAUUCUCGCCACCAUCUUGGCCACCAAGUCUGAUAUGUGCGGCAAGAAGUUUGAGCUAAAAAUUGACAAUGUUCGAUUCGUUGGGCACCCAACCUUAUUGCAGCCUCCACAUACUAUUCAGGGUUCCAAAAGCGAUCCAUCCCCCAAAAGAGAGCUGCCCACCAUGAUCCUGUUUAGUGUUGUUUUUGCAUUAAGGGCCAAUGCAGAUGCUUCAGUCAUCAACUGUAUGCAUAACCUGUCUCGCCGAAUUGCCAUAGCCCUGCAGCAUGAGGAGCGCAGAUGUCAGUACCUCACCAGAGAGGCCAAGCUCAUGCUGGCAAUGCAGGAUGAAGUCACCACCAUGACAGAGACGGAUGGUACUCCACAGUCUCCUUUUCGCCAGAUCCUUCCCAAGUGCAAAUUAGCAAGAGACCUGAAAGAGGCCUAUGACAGCCUCUGCACAACCGGAGUUGUGCGGCUUCACAUUAACAACUGGCUGGAGGUCAGUUUCUGCCUGCCACAUAAAAUCCAUCUUGUGGGAGGGAAACACAUCCCGCCAGAUGCUCUUGAGCGCAGCCUAAAAGCCAUUCGGCCUUAUCAUGCACUGCUGCUGCUGGACGAUGAGAAGGCCUUGCUGGCUCAGCUCCCCCUGGACUGCUCUCCUGCUCUAGUGCGUCUCAUCAAAACCUGCUCUGCCAUCAAGAACCUGCAACAGUUGGCUCAAGACGCUGACCUGGCUCUCCUUCAGGUCUUCCAGAUAGCUGCACAUUUGGUGUACUGGGGUAAAGCCAUCAUUAUCUAUCCUCUCUGUGAGAACAAUGUGUAUAUGCUGUCUCCCCAUGCAAACAUCUGCAUCUACUCCCCUCUGGCUGAGCAGUUUGCCCUUCAAUUUCCAGGUCAUGACCUGCCCUCCAUGUUAGCCAAGUUCUCACUCCCUGUAUCUCUGUCUGAGUUCAGGAACCCAUUGGAUGCCCCUGUACAUGAGGCCCAGCUGAUUCAGAUGGUGGUGUGGAUGCUCCAGCACCGACUUCUAAUUCAACUCCAUACAUACGUUUGUCUGCUGGUUCCGCCUAUUGAGGAGGAGCCUGGUCUGCGGGAGGAAGAGCCACUCAUAGUCACACGCGUUACAGGCCGAAGUCUGAGCACACCCAGCGCACUGAGUUUUGGUUCUCCCACAAGUAGCGAUGACAUGACUCUGACGAGUCCCAGUAUGGAUAACUCAAGUGCUGAGCUGCAGACCGGAGGAGACUCUCCUCUCAAUAAGAGGAUGACAGAAACUCUGCUGGCCAGCCUAACUGAACAUGAACGGCAGGCCAUCCUCCGUGUCCCAGCUGCACAGAACCCAGAGGACCUGCGCUUGUUUGCUAGGCUGCUGCAUUACUUCAGAGGUCAUCAUCACCUAGAAGAGAUCAUGUACAAUGAGAACAUGCGUCGCUCCCAGCUAAAGACUUUAUUUGAUAAGUUUCGCAGUGUUUUAGUCAUAACCAACCACGAGGAUCCCAUCAUUUCUCUCUUCCAAUCCCCUCCAGAGUAAAAGGAUAAUUCAGCUCACUGUUGGAGUGCUGAACCCAGACCAGACAACUGUGUUGUGUCAUCAGUGGGUUUAUGGCUGAUUUAGGCUUAAAUAAUUUGAUUUAACUAAUGCGGUGAAAUCACUUUGGCUGCAAUGAAAUAAUGAUUCAGUUUCAGGAGAGACAUAUGCAAUUAGGCCAUGUAUAAUCUAGCGUAUAUAGCUUUGUUGACCAAAGAUUUGUCUGUUGUCAUAAAAUAUUCACUUUUACCUCUUACAAGGUGUAUUUAUUAUUCUGUGGUUGUGCUUGUAUUCCACCCAAGCAUCAACUAUCUGGAAGCUAUUCCCCAAUGUGAUGGAUCAUUUCCUCAGACAAACAAGAACAAAAACUAACAUGCCAUGAUGAUAAUUCCAGACCACAUGCCCUAAAGACUCUAGGGGAGAGAAUCAGGCAUAGGGAAAAGAGAUUCCAAAGAUUAGACAGAGGUUGUAAUUGCCCUGGUGUUUUCCAAACAUCUGUAAAACCAAUGAACUCCAGAAAUAACAAGACUAUUUGUUAAAGUUUUAAGUUGUUACCAAACCCACACGUUCAGAACUUGUUAACAUGUUAAAGGGAUAGUUCACCCAAAACUCUAAAUUCUGUCAUCAUUGACUCACCCUCAUGUUUUUCCAAACCUAUAUGAUUUACUUUCUUCAUAGAAUGUAAAGGUCAACGUAUACUUUGGUUGUCCGUGUUGCAGAUCGUUCCAUGCACAGUAUACAUGAUGCAAAUUUUGUCAUCAGCACAGUCUGCGCCAAUGACGCGCACAGAGGUCUGUCUGGGCUGCACGCAGACAAUCCUCUGUGCGCAUCAUCGACACAUGUGCCAGCUGUUGACUGUACUAAGAGUAUCACAAAACAGUUGUAGUGCGCAUACAUCAAAUGUGGAUGUUUUGGAUCGUGAUGAAAAGAGUAUACAUUAAAAGGCAAUGCAGUUGACCGGCUGCAAUCUGAUCGGGAAUGCAGAAAAAUUAAGUAUACUGGUACCUUUAGGCAGGACUUUAGGGACUGACAGCCUAAGUCAGAUUUCAAUGUUUUAUUUUCUAUACAGUGCAAGUGAAUGGUGACUGAGGCUGAUCGGUUCCCAAUGUUCUGUCU